AUGGAUCAUCAUGACUGGCAGCAUGGGAGAAGAGGAGGUCACCGACACUACGAUGAAGAUGAAGAGGCCCCACCGGUCUACAUCGGCGUUCCAGCUUCUCACAGACGUAAAAGGCGCAGACAUCACUCCAACGCCAGCGAAGCCGAGCGUGAAUCGAGGCGCUCGCACUAUGAUCACCAUGCACACCACGAACACUCACACCGGGGAUAUUACCACGACAGAGAGGAGCACUAUGACGACGACGAAGGCAACACAGAGCAUCAACAACCCGCCGAUCUUACAGGUCAGAAAAAAACAUACAGGCCAUGUUCACACUUGUCUCCUGCAGCAGAGCGGCUGCGUCACAUACUGGGGGAGGAUGACAGCACCCCGACACCCACACUGUUCACUGAGAUGGACACACUACAGCAUGAGGGGGAUGAAUUAGAGUGGAAAGAGUCCGCAAGGUGGGUGAAGUUUGAGGAGAAGGUGGAGGAGGGAGGAGAAAGAUGGAGCAAGCCUCACGUGUCCACGCUGACCCUCCACAGUCUGUUUGAGCUCAGGACUUGUCUGCAGACUGGGAGCAUCCUGCUGGACAUGGAGGGCUACUCACUGCCACAGAUAGUGGAGGACAUCGUGGAUCGGCAGAUAGCGGAUGGUCUCGUUUCUCCGGAUCUGAAGGAGAAGAUCAUCUUUGUGCUGCUCAGGAAGCAUCGUCACCAGACCAAGAAACCGAUCCACCGCUCGCUGGCAGACAUGGGGAAGUCCUCCAACACUGCUACCAACCGUAGUCCUCAGGUUAAUCUGAGUCGUAGUACUAGUUCAGCUUCUGGGAUCCAUCGCUCCACAGAAGACCUACGCUCUCGGCAGUCAAGCAGCCUUGGCCGACUGCAUCCUGCCCAGAGCCGAAGCAUGAAUGAUAUUUCAGAUACGCCCAGCACAGAUCAGCUGAAGAAUAAAUUCAUGAAGAAGAUUCCUCGCGAUGCUGAAGCGUCCAAUGUCCUGAUUGGUGAGGUGGAUUUUCUGGAAAAACCCUUCGUCUCCUUCGUACGUUUGGCUCAAGCCACAACUCUGGGAGGCCUCACCGAGGUCCCUGUACCGACCAGGUUUCUCUUCAUCUUGCUGGGUCCUCAAGGCAAAACCAAGUCCUACAAUGAGAUCGGCAGAGCUAUCGCUACACUCAUGGUGGAUGAUCUGUUCAGUGAUGUUGCGUAUAAAGCCAGGGACCGUGACGACCUGAUUGCAGGUGUUGAUGAGUUUCUGGACGAGGUGAUCGUCCUCCCUCCAGGGGAAUGGGACCCCAAAAUACGCAUCGAACCUCCGAAGAAGGUUCCAUCAGCAGAAAUGAGGAAGUCAGUGCUGAACCUGAACGAGCUGGGACAGAUGAACGGCUCGGCCGGCGGGGCAGCUGGUGGAGAAGAUGAGGAGCUUCCGGCUCCACAUGAGGUUGGAGAAGAGCUGAAAUUCACUGGAAGAUUUUGUGGUGGAUUAUGGCUGGACAUCAAAAGGAAGAUGCCAUUUUAUUGUAGUGAUCUCUACGAUGGCUUCCAUAUCCAGACCAUCUCUGCUGUGCUCUUCAUCUACCUGGGCUGCAUCACCAACGCCAUCACCUUUGGAGGACUGCUGGGCGAUGCUACCGACAAUUACCAGGGUGUGAUGGAGAGCUUCCUUGGCACGGCUUUAGCAGGGACUGUCUUUUGUGUGUUGGGCGGCCAACCUCUCAUCAUCCUCAGCUCUACUGGACCCAUCCUUAUCUUUGAGAAACUGCUUUUUGAAUUCAGCAAGAAUAAUGGUAUAGACUACAUGGAGUUGCGUCUGUGGAUUGGCAUUCACUCGUGUAUACAGUGUUUACUGCUGGUGGUGACGGACGCCAGCUACAUCAUCCAGUACAUGACGCGCUUCACUGAGGAGGGAUUCUCCAGCCUCAUCUCCUUCAUAUUCAUCUCUGACGCCAUUAAGAAGAUGGUUGGAUCUUUUAAGUAUUACCCAAUCAACCGUGGCUUCAAGCCUGAUUACAUCACGUCCUACAGGUGUGAAUGCCUCGCUCCAGACCAGGCAUCUGCGCUGGGCUUGAAUGUUUCAGCUCCACUCUCAGAUGAUAACAUGACUCUGAUGUUUAACAUGACAGACCUGGACUGGAGUCAGCUGAGUAAGAAAGAGUGUGUGAAGUAUGGCGGCACGCUGAUGGGGAAAUCCUGUAAGUAUGUUCCCGACUUGGCCCUCAUGUCCUUCAUCCUCUUCUUCGGCACCUACUCCAUGACCGUCUCUCUCAAGAAGUUCAAGUUCAGCCGCUACUUCCCAACAACGAUCCGAAAAUUCAUCAGCGACUUUUCCAUCAUCAUUUCCAUCCUGCUCUUCUGUGGGUUGGACCUCCUGCUGGAGCUAGAGACCCCCAAACUGCACGUUCCCACUGAGAUCAAGCUGAGGAAGCUAAUCAGUGAUUUUGCCAUCUUCAUGUCAAUCAUGUCCUUUGUGGGUCUGGAUAUGUUGGUCGGGUUAGACACACCCAAACUAAUCGUUCCAACUGAGCUCAAGCCCACUCGUUCUGACCGUGGCUGGAUAAUUAUGCCGUUUGGUAAGAACCCCUGGUGGUGGUACGUGGCCAGCUUUGUUCCCGCUCUGCUGGUCACCAUCCUCAUCUUCAUGGACCAGCAGAUCAGCGCCGUCAUCGUCAACCGCAAGGAAAACAAGCUGAAGAAAGGUUGCGGCUACCACUUGGACCUGUUCUGGGUGGGAGUCCUGAUGGCUGUGUGCUCCUUCAUGGGUUUACCCUGGUACGUAGCAGCUACCGUCAUCUCCAUCGCCCACAUCGACUCUCUGAAGAUGGAGAGUGAAUCCAGCGCUCCCGGAGAGCAGCCCCAGUUCCUUGGAGUCAGGGAGCAGAGGUUGACGGGCAUUUUGGUGUUCGUUCUGACCGGACUCUCAGUCUUCCUCGCUCCUGUUCUCCAGUACAUCCCGAUGCCGGUCCUCUAUGGAGUGUUCCUCUACAUGGGAGUCGCCUCACUAAGCGGCAUCCAGUUCUGGGAGCGUAUCAAGCUGUGUCUGAUGCCGGCCAAACACCAGCCAGACUUCUCCUUCCUGCGUCACGUUCCUCUGAGGCGCGUCCAUCUUUUCACGCUGGUCCAGAUCCUCUGCCUGGCUGUCCUCUGGAUCCUGAAGUCAACCUUCCUGGCCAUCAUCUUCCCAGUAAUGAUUUUGGGUCUGAUGGUUGUCCGGAAACUGCUUGAUCUGAUGUUCUCACAACACGACCUGGCCUGGCUGGAUGACAUCCUGCCAGACAAAGACAAGAAGAAGAAGGAGGAUGAAAAGAGGAAGAAGAAAGAGAAGAGGGUGGUCGAGCCAGAGAGCGACGAGGAGUGUAUCUGUCAACCUCUCCCACUGUGCUCCAACACUUUAGAAACACUCUGA